GCCAUUGCCAUUUUGAUUUCUUAAAUUCAAGCAUUUUCAAUUUUGCUUGGAAAGGAAUUUCUUUUUAUCAUAAUUUAUUGAAAGAAAACAAACCUAAAGUCUGAUAAAAUGUCUAAAGCCCAUCCUCCAGAGUUAAAAAAAUACAUGGAUAAACGUAUGUUGCUGAAACUAAAUGGCGGUCGAUCUGUAGCCGGAAUUCUGCGCGGUUUUGAUCCCUUCAUGAAUGUUGUUUUGGACGAGACUGUUGAAGAGUGUAAGGAUAGUACGAGGAAUAACAUUGGAAUGGUGGUAAUUCGUGGCAACAGUAUCGUGAUGGUGGAAGCAUUGGACAGAGUAUAGCGCUAGCCACCGAAAUGACGGUGGGUGCUAAUUAUAUUUAUUUUAAGCUAUUCCAUUCAGAAUAAAAUUAAUAAACUUAUUAAAUAUAGGAAAACAAAAAAACUA